AUGGACGUGAGCGCCCGUGACCCCGUCCAUCUCACUGCGUUUGCCGCGCAGUGCGUCCAAGACAGUCGCUUGGCGCUGUUUACGCCAGCGUCUAUUCACCUGCUGUCGUCCAUUGCCGUGCACCGAGAGACUUUGGUCGAGGUUGCAUGCAAACCCCGAUCGAAUGGCUGCUACUGCGGCAAUGACGUUGCAAGACAGAGCGUCGAGUUGAAGUUUGGCGACUUUGUCGACUACUACCAAGCUGGUGCGACUCGAGAGCACUCGCACUGGCUACAGACGGUCGAUGAUCUGGACUUUUACUUGGCCCAGUGUCCCAUUGCAGUGCGGAACUCUAGUGCUACUGCAGGCACGAAGGCCGUGCUGCCUGCUGUCGCGAACGAUGUCUGCAUACCCGCGUGUCUUGGUGAAACGCAUGUCACCCAAGUCAAUCUGUGGAUGACUGUGCAACCCAGUCGGACAGCGCUGCACUAUGACGCGUAUCACAAUGUCCUGGUGGUCCUGUAUGGGCGAAAGAUGGUCACGCUGUAUCCUCCAUCAGAGACUGCAAAGAUGUACCCGUUCCCUGUGCACAGCAAGUCGGUGAAUCAUAGCCGAGUUGAUGCUGUCCAGCCGGAUCUCGCAAAACAUGCACGCUUUUCCGAGGCACCGGCACAGCAAUUUACUGUCAUGGCUGGAGACGCGCUUGUGAUUCCAGAGGGGUGGUGGCACAGGGUCGACUCGGACCAGUUUACCAUUGCGGUCAACUACUGGUGGAAUGGCGUGAGAGAGCAGCUCGUAGCGGACAAGCGCAUGGUGCCUUAUUACGCUCGCGUCAUGCUCGAAGAACUAGUUGCGCAGCAAUGUGAAGCGCGCCUUUUGGCUUUUCGAUCUUCGUCUGGGACAGGCAAUGCCAAAAUUUACGAAGACGAGGGCGAAGCGGUGGCUGCAUUUUUUGCGGCAGCCGAUCAAGUUUGUCGUGAACAGGUGAUGUUAUCACUGGAAAGCAGAAUGUUCCUGAAGAUGCAAGAAUAUCUAGCAACGAACCACGCAGCAGAGUGGCGGAGAUUGCUUGCGAACGCAAGUGUGAACUUGGCGGCUGCGCUAGCAAAAUGCUGGGAAAGUGAUGACUCGGAACCUGGUGUCGUUGGCAAGCUGUUUGUUGCGCUUGGGGAUGAGGAAGAAUCGAUCAAAGAGACGGUGGCCACGAAGCAAGCGCAGUUUCGCCAAGACUGUGCCUCUGACAUGUAUCGGUCUCUGUUUGGCUAG